AUGUUUCUGCUUGGAAUCUGCUUACUUUGCAGUAUCAACUCUUUAUUGCUAGCGGCCUAUCCCGUGGAAUCCCAGGUGAAUUCCAAGGAACUGACAGCUCCUCUGGCCGAUCCGGCCGACUAUCCCGAUUUAACAAAUGGCCUUUCCGAUGCUGAGGUUCAGGAAAGCCUAGAAGAUCUGACCUUAGAUGAUCUCAACUCCUUGGACAAGCUGCUCGAUGAGCACAUCGGUAGAGAUGUAGAAGCCGACUCAGACGUAAGUCAAAGAAGCCAGUUUAGACAAGCGAAGGAUGCCCUCCGCUCCUUCAAUGCACCUCUCGAUGAUGGCUGCCGCGAUGAGGAGGAAUCCGAUGAGACCAAACCCAAUCUGUGCACCAAGCGACCCACCUGCCCGACCACCAAGCGCUGUUCAAAGAAAACCACGUGCGUUCCGAAAACCACAAAAGCAUGCACCUCUAAACCGACUAACGAAAACUGCAAGUCCAAAUCGGGUGGUUAUAUGGACGAUGACUUGAUUAUUGAGACUACCAAAUGCCCGAAGCCAAAGAAUAAAAAGUGCAAGAAACCAAAAGACGAUUUCGAAUGCGAGGCAGAUGAUUUCCUGUGCCACGCCAGCAGGCGAUCCAGAGGAAAGGAGAGUAGGAGCCAUCUUCAGGAAGAGCAACUGGAUGGUCCUGCUGAAUUCGUUCCGGGGAGAGACCUAGAACAGCUGGGCAAGCAGAACAUACCCGUAGUGAAUGAUCAAGGGGAACCAUUGGAUGAAGCCUUCAAUUUUGAUGACAUAAACUUGGAGCAAUCAGCACAUUUGGAUCAAUCAAACUCUGUUAACGUAGGGCAAGAAAAUCAGGUAAAUUUAAAUCAAGAUCGUCAGUCCAACUUAGAGAAGGAUAAUCAGAUUAGUUUGGAACAGAAACAUCAAUCAAAUUUAAAGAAGGAUUAUGAGGUUGACUUGAAGGACAUGGAACUAGAUGGUCAUACAAAUUUUAACCAGGAGCAUAUAGUAAAAUUAAAACAAGAAGAUCAGGCCAACUUUGAUCUGGAUUAUCAGGCCGAGUUUGAGCGAGAACAUCCUACUAAAUUAGAGCUAAGAAAUCCGAUGAAUGUGAAGCGAGAUCACCAGAUAAAUUUAGACCAGGAACAACAAUCUAACUUGGAUUUCGGAAAUCCUGGUAAUUUCGAGCAGGAGCAUGAUUUAGAAAACCAUGAAUAUCAGUUUGGCUUGGAAAAGAGAAAUCAGGCAAGCUUCGAUAAUGAUCAUCAAGCUAAUUUUCGUAGAGGUGAACAGCAGAUAAAUCGGGACCAGAAAGUAUCACAUGUAGAGAAAGUCGAGCAGGCCGAAAGCGCACCAGUGGCAGAACCAGCUCACAUGGAUCUAUACGAACGGCAUCGUCUUGCCAGGAUUGCCCAUCGAAAGAGAGAACAGGCUGAAGUGGAAAGUGCAAAUAAGAUGCAAAUGCACAAUGUUGAAGAUAGAAAGCAGGCUGUGGACAGCGAUCAACUGAUGCCACUGAAGCCUAAUCUCAUCAAGCAGGAACCUCUUUUCGAUAGCGACAGCUUUAUUGCUAGCAAUGCUCGCGAUCCACCUCGCUAUUUGAUUCAAAUGCAGAACGACUGCAUCCAAAGUGAAAACGAUCGUGGCGAACGACGAUUGCGUGAGGAUCGCAGCCAAAGCGAAGCAUUGGACCUGGACAAACUGGCCGAGGAGGAGGCCAGUCCAGUGGAGGAGUCAAAUUUUGAUUACGAAUACAAGAGGAGGAAGCGGGAGAACAAAGAAACUGAUGAUGCCCCCGAGAACUCCAAAGAAACGUAUAUAAAGAAGCUGAUGGACUCGUUCCCGCGGGAUCAAGGUGGCCAGAUCAAUGCCAAUGCGGCGCUGAGCUGCUCCAAUCUCGCCCAUUUGCGCAUCAAGCGAAGUUGA